GGGCACAACCGGGAGAACACACACACACGCACACACACACACACAAGCACACACACAAGCCGCACACGUUUGGACACGGCGUUGAUGGCAAAGGCAGAACGGACUGCGGCUCCUUCCUCCAGCUGGCGUUGAGACUCCCGCACAGUGCGACCAAGGGGCCACACACUGCUGGGCUCCUCUCUCCUCUCUCUGCGCGCGUACCUGGAAGGACGAGAGGGCUUCUUGUUUGGUGUGCAUGCUGUUUUUUUCCCAACUGGAUUAUCACUUUUCAACAAUUACGCACGGAGUGGCCAGUAGCCGCCGGAGCCGAGUCCAGACGAGUGCAUGUUCGUGAAGCUCUCGGCUGUGGUGCUCGCGCGCGUCCUACUUCUCUCCGAGCGAAGAGCAACGUGCUUGGUGAAUCUUCUCCACUUGGACUUUGGACCUGAGGAAGGAGCUUCCCGGUGAACUGCACUGGACCGGAGCGGCACCGACGCGAUCCGGGGAGACCGAAUUCGCACCUGAGCAGCUGAGAGGGGAGGAAGUGCAAAUCCUGCAAACAAAAUGCCUCUCGCUCAGAUCGCGGAGCCAUGGCCCACCAUGGAGCUUCUGCAGGACGAAACGGAGAAUGGACAGAGCACCGCUGAGGAUGGAGUCACGCCUGCUGUCAAGGAAGAUGGAGACAUCAAGGAGAUCAACAUCACCCAUGUGGUCAAGGAGGGCUCCGAGAAGGCCGACGCCUCUCAGUUUGAGCUGCUCAAAGUGUUGGGUCAAGGAUCCUUCGGCAAGGUGUUCCUGGUGCGAAAGGUGACCGACCCCGACGCCAAUGAGCUCUAUGCCAUGAAGGUCCUGAAGAAGGCCACGCUCAAAGUGAGAGACCGUGUGAGAACCAAGAUGGAGAGAGACAUCCUCGCUGACGUCAACCACCCGUUUGUUGUCAAGCUGCACUACGCGUUCCAGACUGAAGGGAAGUUGUACUUGAUCCUUGACUUCCUCCGAGGAGGAGACCUCUUCACCAGACUCUCCAAAGAGGUGAUGUUCACAGAGGAGGAUGUCAAGUUUUAUCUAGCAGAGCUGGCGUUGGGUCUGGACCACCUCCACAGCCUGGGCAUCAUUUACAGGGACCUCAAACCCGAAAACAUUCUGCUGGAUGAGGAGGGACAUAUCAAACUCACAGAUUUUGGCUUGUGUAAAGAAGCCAUCGAUCAUGAGAAGAAAGCCUAUUCCUUCUGCGGUACUGUGGAGUACAUGGCACCAGAGGUUGUGAACAGGCAGGGACACGACCACAGCGCCGACUGGUGGUCAUUUGGAGUACUGAUGUUUGAGAUGCUGACCGGAUCGUUGCCAUUUCAAGGGAAGGACCGCAAAGAAACGAUGGGCCUGAUUCUGAAGGCACGUCUGGGAAUGCCUCAGUUCCUGAGUGCGGAGGCUCAGUCUCUGCUCAGGGCUUUGUUCAAGAGGAACCCUUCCAACAGACUGGGGUCUUGUGCCGAUGGUGCCGAGGAGAUCAAACGCCACAGUUUCUUCUCCACCAUAGACUGGAAUAAACUCUUCAGAAGAGAAUUAAAACCUCCGUUCAAACCGGCGGUGGCGCGUCCGGACGACACCUUCUACUUUGACUCCGAGUUCACCUCCCGCACCCCAAAAGAUUCCCCUGGCGUGCCCCCCAGUGCCGGAGCCCACCAGCUCUUCAGAGGCUUCAGCUUCAUUGCAUCGACUCUGCUGGAGGAGGAAGGCUCCGUGGAGUCGGUGAAGCCCCCGCCGCACCCAGUGGUCCAGCAAUUACACGGGAAGAAUCUGCUGUUCAGCGACGGCUACAUAUUGAAGGAGGACAUCGGCAUGGGCUCCUUCUCCGUCUGUAAACGGUGUAUCCACAAAGCCACCAACGCGGAAUACGCUGUCAAGAUGAUUGACAAGACCAGUACGGACCCCUCUGAGGAGAUUGAGAUUCUUCUUCGAUAUGGACAGCACCCAAACAUCAUAACACUGAAGGACGUGUACGACAAUGGGAAGCAGGUGUUCAUGGUGACGGAGCUCAUGCGUGGAGGAGAGCUGCUGGAUCGGAUCCUGAAACAGAAAUUCUUCUCGGAGAGAGAGGCCAGCGCCGUGCUUCACACCAUCACCAAGACCGCAGAGUACCUGCACUCCCAGGGGGUGGUGCACAGAGACCUGAAGCCCAGCAACAUCCUCUAUGUCGACGAGUCGGGGAAUCCAGAGUCGAUCCGGAUCUGUGACUUCGGCUUCGCGAAGCAACUGCGUGCCAACAACGGCCUGCUGAUGACCCCGUGCUACACCGCUAACUUUGUAGCUCCUGAGGUGUUGAAGCGUCAGGGCUAUGAUGAAGGAUGUGACAUCUGGAGUCUGGGCGUCUUGCUGUACACCAUGCUGGCUGGUUUUACUCCAUUCGCCAACGGACCCGAGGACACCCCAAAUGAGAUCUUGAACAGAAUAGGCAACGGUCACUUCAGUCUGACCGGAGCCAACUGGGACACUGUGUCCGAGGCGGCCAAGGACCUCGUUUCCAAGAUGCUUCAUGUGGACCCCCAUCAGAGACUGACUGCUAAGCAGGUCCUCAAACAUCCCUGGAUUGUCCAGAGAGACAAGCUACCCAACAGCCAGCUCCCACACCAGGACCCCAAACUGGUCAAGGGUGCGAUGGCAGCCACCUACUCUGCCCUGAAGAACUCCCAACCGACUCCAGAGCUCAAGCCCAUCGAGAGCUCCAUCCUGGCUCAGAGGCGCGUCAAGAAGCUUCCUUCCACCUCCCUGUAAAGACUCCAAAGCACCAAUCGGCUCACAGGAGAACCAACAGAACCAAGCACCCAGUCGGCUUGCACGGGGUCUCGAGUAUCCACCCGCCUCCACCAGCAAAGGAACACCGACUGGUGCUGCCGCCAUCUUGUGAAAUGGGUUGUCCCGCUAUGGCGAGCAUCCUCUUCUGGCUUUUGGGCUCAUCAGCUGCUGUGAGCCUCCUUGGACGAGCAAGAUAGACGGGGCAAUGAGGGCAACCACAAAAAAAUGGCUGCAGAUUGUUUUGGCAAGUGUGUGUGUGUGUGUGUGUGUGUGUGUGUGUGUGUGUGUGUGUGUGUGUGUGUGUG